UUUGCCUUGGGCCGGCAGGUUUUGGUCGCAUGCAUCCGGAAGGCCAGCCCCAGCGGGUAUGCUCUCGCGCGGCGAAGCACCCAGGCUGAGUUGCCUUGGGCCGGCAGGUUUUGGUCGCAUGCAUCCGGAAGGCCAGCCCCAGCGGGUAUGCUCUCGCGCGGCGAAGCACCCAGGCUGAUUUGCCUUGGGCCGGCAGGUUUUGGUCGCAUGCAUCCGGAAGGCCAGCCCCAGCGGGUAUGCUGUCGCGCGGCGAAGCACCCAGGCUGAGUUGCCUUGGGCCGGUAGGUUUGGUCGCAAGCAUCCGGAAGGCCAGCCCCAGCAGGUAUGCUCUCGCGCGGUGAAGCACCCAGGCUGAGUUGCCUUGGGCCGGCAGGUUUUGGUCGCAUGCAUCCGGAAGGCCAGCCCCAGCGGGUAUGCUCUCGCGCGGCGAAGCACCCAGGCUGAGUUGCCUUGGGCCGGGUUGGAUUACCUUGAACCCGCCUGCAUGGAUCCGCUUCUGGAAGGCCAGCACUAAGGGUGGUUGCCCUCGCUUAGCGAAUACCCAGGUUGGGUUGCCUGAGGCCGUUAGCCUUGACCCAGAGAAUGCCUUCACGACGCAAUGGAACCGCGUACAGGAAAGGGACAAGGAAGGCUCAGAGGAGGGACAGGAAGAGUCGUCAGACAGCGACGACGCCCGCAAAGAGGCUUCAUCGGCGAAGGCGAAUAGGCGAAGCAAGGGUAAGCGGCUCCGUACGCGAGGACUUGGAGUCGUGGCCCCAUCCCCAAAGCGCGUGGCGGUGACGCGGCUACCGUUGCACGGACCGGUACGAGUGAGGCCGCCGUCGGAGGCGCGGACUGAAUUUGCCGGGGAAGAAGUACCACGGGACUCAAGACAGGGCCAGGGAGACCCGGAGCGUGAAGAGAGGCGGAUCGUGGCGCGGUAUAUCAGGCGGUACGGCAUGGAAGGCUGGAAGCAACUGCUGCGCGAAGAACUCCAGGAAGAGGGAGAGGGGGAGCAGCAGCAGUUGGACGAGGGGCCGAACGUGGGGCCUCGAGGAAAGCAGCCCAGCAACGCGGGGGCAGGAACAAUGCACCAGGUGGCCGCUGCUGGCCCGGAGGGGCAGCUCGCAGUUUACAGUGUCGUCACAGAAAAGGACGUCCAGGAGGCUCACCGCCGCCGUAAGGAGGCACUUAGGGCCGCUCGGAAGGCGCUGAAUCUCGGGGAGUCGGACCGCGUCCCCAACACCCAGCGGUGGGCGACCGUCAUGACCCAGGCUGGGGCAAUGACGGAAGGCCCAUGCGGGCUGCGGGUGGUGAAAUCCGCGGUAUCGGCGAUGCUGGAGCAGGCGGAAGAGGCGGUUGUAGACGCUUUGGCCAAUGUGGGCCCAGGGCUGGUCACGGAGCUGCGUGCGUGCUUUAGUGGUGCAAUAGAGCCGCAUCGUCGCGGAGUGCUAAAGUUUAUAGGUCAGCAGGCCAAGCAGGCCUCGAAGGAGCGCUUUGUAGGGCAGGUAACGGGACACCUGGUACAGUGGGGCUGGGUGGAGACGAGUCUGGCGACAUUGAAGUUGCGGGCUCGUGAUGCACGGCUGCACUGGUUGGAGGGCGCACUACAGGCCGUGAACGGUUGGAUUACCUUGAACCCGCCUGCAUGGAUCCGCUUCUGGAAGGCCAGCACUAAGGGUGGUUGCCCUCGCUUAGCGAAUACCCAGGUUGGGUUGCCUGAGGCCGUUAGCCUUGACCCAGAGAAUGCCUUCACGACGCAAUGGAACCGCGUACAGGAAAGGGACAAGGAAGGCUCAGAGGAGGGACAGGAAGAGUCGUCAGACAGCGACGACGCCCGCAAAGAGGCUUCAUCGGCGAAGGCGAAUAGGCGAAGCAAGGGUAAGCGGCUCCGUACGCGAGGACUUGGAGUCGUGGCCCCAUCCCCAAAGCGCGUGGCGGUGACGCGGCUACCGUUGCACGGACCGGUACGAGUGAGGCCGCCGUCGGAGGCGCGGACUGAAUUUGCCGGGGAAGAAGUACCACGGGACUCAAGACAGGGCCAGGGAGACCCGGAGCGUGAAGAGAGGCGGAUCGUGGCGCGGUAUAUCAGGCGGUACGGCAUGGAAGGCUGGAAGCAACUGCUGCGCGAAGAACUCCAGGAAGAGGGAGAGGGGGAGCAGCAGCAGUUGGACGAGGGGCCGAACGUGGGGCCUCGAGGAAAGCAGCCCAGCAACGCGGGGGCAGGAACAAUGCACCAGGUGGCCGCUGCUGGCCCGGAGGGGCAGCUCGCAGUUUACAGUGUCGUCACAGAAAAGGACGUCCAGGAGGCUCACCGCCGCCGUAAGGAGGCACUUAGGGCCGCUCGGAAGGCGCUGAAUCUCGGGGAGUCGGACCGCGUCCCCAACACCCAGCGGUGGGCGACCGUCAUGACCCAGGCUGGGGCAAUGACGGAAGGCCCAUGCGGGCUGCGGGUGGUGAAAUCCGCGGUAUCGGCGAUGCUGGAGCAGGCGGAAGAGGCGGUUGUAGACGCUUUGGCCAAUGUGGGCCCAGGGCUGGUCACGGAGCUGCGUGCGUGCUUUAGUGGUGCAAUAGAGCCGCAUCGUCGCGGAGUGCUAAAGUUUAUAGGUCAGCAGGCCAAGCAGGCCUCGAAGGAGCGCUUUGUAGGGCAGGUAACGGGACACCUGGUACAGUGGGGCUGGGUGGAGACGAGUCUGGCGACAUUGAAGUUGCGGGCUCGUGAUGCACGGCUGCACUGGUUGGAGGGCGCACUACAGGCCGUGAACGUGAGCACGCCGACGUUUCUGGAGAUGAAGGAGCGCGCCUGGCCGGCCGUGAUCCUGUUGAUGCGCGCGGCCCAGAAAAUCCACGAUGGUCAUGACAAGAUGGCGGAGAAUAUCCUGAAGCACGGGGGAGGGGACGGUGGCGACCGCAGGCUGUUGUGGGGCCCCGGCGCAGCAGGGGAAGGGCGGNCACCGGGGGGCCCCGGCCGCCCAGAGCAGAGGACCGCGGGUUGGGGACAAGUGGGUGGGGGCUUUCAGGCCCCCCCUCGGGACGCGGGGCUGGGAGCGCCUCACGCCGGGGGCCGCGGAGUGCAGCGCCUGAGUCCACCUGCUAGCGUGGUGGCAGCGGUAAAUCAGGAGCUAGACCGACGGGGAUUCCAGGGAGUGGGCGCUGGGUCAAUCUCGGAGAUUGCGUACCGAGGCAACGUAGAUGGCAGCAAACUCUGCAUUAGCCACGCGUGGAACGGGCGCUGUGCCCGGGCGCAGACGGGGCAGCCCUGCCGGUUUAAACACCCGGCAACGGAGGCAGAGCAAGUGACGCAGCUGGUGGACGCCCUGACGAAACGAGUCAUCAGGAAUCAGUCUGGAUUUAUUGAGACCCCUCGGCUUAACUUCAUUAAAUCCCCUUCGCCGUCCUUUGUACGACGGUGCCGUACGGAAACGACGAUGGCAGGGGCAGCGGCGGCCAUACAUCCCGUUGUAACUGUUGACUGGUUGGCCGAGCGGCUGAACGACCCGUCCGUGCGCGUACUGGAUGCCUGCUGGUACAUGCCCGUGCACCAGCGAAACAACCACGCGGACCAUCGAGCCGUUCGCAUCCCAGGCGCGAGGUUCUUCGACAUCGACGGCAUUGCCACGGAUCCCGUCACCGCUCGCGGCCUUCCCCACAUGUUGCCUUCGGAGCAGGGCUUCGCGGCAGCUAUGGACGCUCUGGGUAUCACCAACGAUACGACAGUCGUACUGUACGACCAUCUAGGCAUCUUUUCCUCUCCACGUGCCUGGUGGACAUUCAAAGUGUUCGGCCACGACAAGGUGGCCGUGCUCCAGGGAGGCCUUCCCGCCUGGAGAGCCAAGGGCCUGCCACUGGAGAACGACAAUCCGCCCUCCGAUGACGUCAUGUUUGCGGCCACUCGCGCAUGUGCCUCUCCACCGCCCACCACGUCGUACCGGGCAGUACUGGACGCAUCCAAGGUUCGAACCCUAGACGACAUGUUGGACAACAUCACCAGCAAGAAGGAGCAGCCUUACAUGCGUCAACGACAACAACAACCACAAGUGCAGCCGCAGGCCCAGGGUGUGCGGCGGCGACUAGUUGGAGUCAUAAACACGCUUGGGGGAAUGAGACUGGCACCCGGUGAAUGGCUUCUUGACACUGGAGCUGAGGAUCACCUGACCUUCACUCCUGAGGACGUGGAGGAUCUAACGCCGGUGUGCGAGGGCGAGGGUGUUGUUUUUGAGGUGGCGGACGGGCGGACGGUUAGCUCCAUUGGCGAGGGCAGGGUGUUCUUCACCUCUAUUCGAGGGUGGACGGAAUUGUCGGUAUCUGUCCACGUAGUUCCGGACCUGCAACACCGCCUGUUUUCGGUCAAAGCCUUAAAGAGAUCCUUCCCGGAUAAGGUGGUAGAGGUUAUCCUGUCCACCGAUCACUCAUAUAUAGCAAUAGACGGAAUCCCCGCUGUCGAUGUGUUUGAGGAGAACAGGAUGUAUAUCGUGCUUGAGCAAGCAGAGACCGAGAGGCAUAGGGCAUUUACAACGCGGCGCUUCCUCAAGGAGAGGCAUUCGAAGCUCACGGCGGAUGCGGAAGUUUAG